AAAGUUGAAAGAGAAACGAUAUUUUCCUGAAGUCAAUAACAAGUUUGUCACUUUACGAAACCCUUUGAAAAAUUCGCGGAAGAAGAAAAAGAAAGGACAAAACUUAUUCAAUCCAAAGAAAAGUAGCAAAAGAUUGUUUCAACUUCACUGUUCAUACUUUUUUCAAUUGUCCAAUUCGUGACGGCGAGAGCAGCUUUAGCUAAUAGCUUGCGAGACUGAUAGUAAUCAGCAAGCUUAAAUUCCUCCAGUGAAAAGGAAAACAAAAAAUGGCUCGUUCGAUUAGUCCUGGUGGUUAUUCUAAUUAUGAAGAUGACUCUCUGUUCCAAAAUGCAGCUUACACACAUGACAUCAACGAGCAGAUGCGAGUCCCAAAGCGUAUUCGGGCUACAGGCGAUUAUUUCGAUGAUAAUGAGCUUCUUUCGAAUGGGAACGGAGCGAUCAAUUCCUGGAACUAUCACGACAAGAUUGAGAUGAACGUUCCGGACCGCAUCGUGGUGCUCGGACAAGAUCAGCAUUUAGUUCUUACGUCAGGCACAAAAUCGGCUCCCCGUGAGAUAAUGCUGGAGAACUCGAUUCUUCCGAAAGACCCUGGCUUUGUGCGGGUUUCGACGCCACCGCGUGUCAUUUCGCUAUCAGAGCAUCACUUUCCAUCCGCUUCGGAUGAUCCAGAAGAGCGAGAGACAACCGAUGAAUACGAAGCACGCUCGCUGGACUCCGCUGAAGGCAUGAACAAUGGCACUAGUGGUGCCGGCUCUAGGCAGCGUUUGUCCCGGGCUGAUGGUCGAGUGGUUGUCAGUGGACCAGGGGGCUCUUCGCAGAAGAGGACCCCCUUUUCAAAACCCAAUAAUUCUGAGCUAGUCCUUAGCAGAAGUUUUCGCGAAGAGACACCCACUUUUGGUGGGAGCGUAGAAAACCUGACCCCGCCGGAAGAAAUGACCCACCUGCGUAGGCAGGUGACCAAAAUGAACCGCCGACUGCUGGCUCUCGAACUGGACAACAUGCAACGACAGCAGCGGGAAAAAAUCAUCUACUGCGUUGGCUUAGCUUAUCUGCUGCUAAAAACAUUCAUGUGGCUUAGUCGGAAAUAAGUGACGCUUUCGUUGGCGCAUAUCUUAACGCCAGAUUGCAAUAAGUAAAAGUUACCGCAACUGCAAGUCAACCGAAAAUAAACACACAUACAGAGUACACAGUGCGAUAACUGAUAGCGGAAUUCUUCUAUCUUGAAGCACUUACGAGAACCAAAUUGGCUCAUUUCCUUUUUUGAAUCUUUACCUCUUUCAUUACAUUUUUUCUACACUGUAGACCUAUUCUUGCGUUUUACCUUUAUUAUUUUUAUGUAAUUUAGCCGCGUAAUAUUCUACAUUGUUAGGAAGUAUCUGAAACCACAAGUUAAUUUUCAUAGCACACCGCUUUGUAUUAUUGGUUAACUAGAAUUAUGCGUUGGACUCGAGGAGUCUUUUCAUAACGCAGACAGGUGAACAGUAAGGAAUUAUAUAAAUUAUACUGACUGGUGGUUAUUGGUUCUCUUGAGCACGUAUUGAAAAUUGAACAGAAAGCGACUAAAUUCCCGCCAUGUUUAAGCUAUGUAAUAAACAAAUCAAAGAAUACAGUUUACCCAUUAGAUUGAUAUGUUAA